AUGGUCCUCGAGAUUUUAUACCAUAAUACCUUUGGCCGUUUCAAGACUGAGAAGGAUUUACUGAAUGAUGCUGAGCAAAGUAUGAUGGAGUACAAAACAUCUAUUCAGAACUUGAAGAAAGAAUCAAAAUACACUCUUGACAAAGUAGCUGUUGGUGAAAGUGAUCUGCAGCGUGGACGUACUGAUUUGAGAUCUACUGGGAAGCAGAUCCAAUCUCUUAUAGGUUCCAUUUACAAAGCAGAAUCUACAGUUGCAGGUCUGAUGGAUAGACUAAGGACCAUUCCUACCAGGCAAUCUCUCGAGCUGCGAGCAGAGGCGAGUACAUGA